AUGCGCGCGCGCGUCGAGGGCGGUGGCGCGCGGGACGAGGUGCCGGGCAGCGGGGGGAGCUCCGUUACCGCCGCCCUGCGGGCUAGCCCCGCCGCCGCUUCCUCUUCCUCCUCCGCCUCCUCUUCCGCCUCUUCCUCCUCGCCGCCGCAGCUGGCGCUGCUCGUGAUGCAGCCAUGCGGCGGCGAGGAGGUGGCGGCGGCUGCGGCGGCGGGGGGGGUGCUGCCUCUCCCGGUCGCCGACCCGCCUCUGCCGCCCUCCGGUAGCGGAGGCCUCAUGUUGUUCUACGAGCUAGGGGGGGGCGGCGACGGCGAGGCGGAGGCGGGGGAGGAGGCCGAGGCGGCGGGCGGCGAAAGCACGGCUAGCCCGGAGGAGCUGGAGGAGGAGGAGGCGACGGCGGCAGCGGCGGCGGCGGCAGCAUCUUCGAGCGGUGAAACGACCGCGGUGGGUGGCGGCUGCAAGAGCUGCACGUACCAGGGCUGUAGCGAGACCACCACACAGGUGGUGAAGCAGCGCAAGCCCUGGAUGUGUAAGCGCCACCGCAACAAGAUUUACAAGGACAAGUACAAGCGCAAGAAGAACGACCAGGCUCUGGGGGGCGGCGGGGCGGCCGCCGCGGUGGCUGGCCCGCGGGCCGAGGAUAGUGUUGAAGGCUCAAUUUCUGUUACAAAACAGAGAACAGGAUCCAUUGGAGAUCGCCCAGCAAGACCUACUCUCUUAGAGCAAGUAUUGAAUAAAAAGAGGCUGUCCCUACUCAGAAGUCCAGAAGUGGUACAGUUUCUACAGAAACAACAGCAACUGUUAAGUCAGCAGGCUCUGGAACAAAGGCAACAACAGUUUCAAGGAGCACCUGGGUAAUCGGAACAGAUCAGUAACCUGCAGAUGCGUCUGGUGCUGAAGGAGGAAUAGGAUGUGUAUUUUGUAUAAAUACAAACAAUCUUGGCAUUUAAAGGAGAUCUAAAGUUGCUGCUGUUGCAUGUUUUACUUGUUUGCACUUUUGAGGUUUUGAGCUGCUUGUGUGUCUGCAAACUUGUGAGCAAAUCUGGAGGAGUCUAUUUUUUUGAUUCUUUCUAAAACUUAAUUUUAACAUUUAAUUUUUUUAAUAUAAUUUUUUUUAUAUUACUAAUGUUGAGCUGUACACCCUUUUCCGACCAAAGCCUUCCUCUAAAUUAACAAUUUUCUAUAUAAGGAUUUAUUGUUAAACAAGUCAGUCUUUGAUGACAAUCAUUGAAGGAAGUCAGUUACUUUCUAUGGAAGUUGUGAAAUGAAGUCCUGAAUUUGAGCCAGGCCAGUGGCACAAACUAACAGCAAUCGCUCAGGGAUAUGGGAAACUGAUGUCCAGUAGAAUCUUGCACUAAAGACAAAGAUAUCAUGCUAUCAAAAAGUUGAUCCAGUGGCUCAGAAAAGUGCAAAUCAGGUGAUCCUCCUGAUAUAUAUAUAUAUAUAAAUUAUCUACACAUUGAGUAGAUUUGAAAUGCCUCAUUGUCUCUAAAACAAAUAUAAAAGAAUUUGUUUGAAAGUUUCAAAAGAGAUGAAUGGGGAAAAAAGCUUUAGAGGAGAAUUAGGUGGAAUGUAUGCAACUGAGAGUUGGACCUUGUUUUGUGGAGCUAUUUUUAAGAACCAGCCUCAUACGUGAAAUACAACUUAACUACAGAUCAUUAGGUGACUAAAUUAAAUUGUAAAGCUUUUUAUUCAUAAUGCUGAGUGAUCCAAAAUGUAAAAUGUGAUUGUGGUUUUUCUUUCAUGUAGUUGUUUUCAAAAAAGUGUAGUUAAAAUUCUACUUUCAAGACAACUGAUACCUAACUGGCUCUAGUGCUAGACUUCUCAGGUUUUCAGCCAGUUCAGAUGAACUUGCAAUUGACUGGGUGAAGAAUCCAAACACUGUAUUGUGUUGAAUCACACGUUUAUAAAACAAAGUUUUGUACUAAAACAUGUUUCAGAACAGAGGUUAUCUGAAUGGUGUCAGUGCUUAAUAAAGUACUACUUUGAUACUGCAGCAGUUUGAUCCACUAAAUAAUAUCUCUUCAGAAGUAUUUGUUACUCUUAUGAAUUUUUACAAGUUGUGCUUUGUGUAUGUAUACAACUUGUUCGGUAGGGAUUCAUUGUACGUAGCAUUGUGCAAGUUGUGGUUUAAACAAGAAAUUGAAAAAAAAAAAACCCUACAACUUUGUAUCAGUAGUCUGGACCAAUAAGUGAUUGAGUAAAAAAAUACUUGUUUUUCUUUUAAAAACAGCCAAAGCCUGUUCUUUUUUGUUCUGUUAAGUGUGUUGGGUUUUUCUGGCUAGCCCUGACAAGGUGGCAUUAGAACUAUUGUGUU